CGGCACAGGCGUUGGCCCAAAGCGUUAGACCCGGCAGCGGCGGCGGCCUCAAGAUGGCGGAGCUGCGCGCGCUGGUUGGAGUCAAGCGGGUCAUAGACUAUGCUGUGAAGAUCCGAGUGAAGCCAGACAAGACCGGUGUGGUGACAGAUGGGGUGAAGCACUCCAUGAACCCCUUCUGUGAGAUCGCGGUGGAGGAGGCUGUGAGGCUGAAGGAGAAGAAGCUGGUGAAGGAGGUGAUUGCUGUCAGCUGUGGCCCCAAGCAGUGCCAGGAGACCCUUCGCACGGCUCUGGCCAUGGGGGCUGACCGUGGCAUUCACGUGGAGGUGCCCGAAAGCGAGGCAGAGCGGCUGGGGCCCCUCCAGGUUUCCCGAGUGCUCACUGCUUUGGCCCAGAAAGAGAAAGCUGGGCUGGUACUGCUGGGGAAGCAGGCCAUCGAUGAUGACUGUAAUCAGACUGGACAGAUGACAGCUGCCAUGCUUGACUGGCCUCAGGGCACAUUUGCCUCAAAACUCACACUAGAGGGGGACAAGGUGACAGUGGAGCGAGAGAUUGAUGGUGGGCUUGAGACAAUUCGCCUCAAGCUGCCUGCUGUGGUGACUGCUGACCUCCGGCUGAAUGAGCCCCGAUAUGCCACUCUGCCCAAUAUCAUGGACUACGAGGCAGCCAGGGCGUUGGGAGGCCACGAAUCCCAGCCUCCAUCGUCCCCCGUCUGUGGUCCUCCAGCCUUUGCCUGUUCAAGUCUACCAUUGUACUUACAGUUAGUGCCCAUCGGCACUAGAACAUGUUUCCUGAGCUCCAGCAAUCAUGAAAGCCAAAAAGAAGAAGAUUGAAGUGGUGAAGCCUGGGGACCUGGGGGUGGACAUGUCCUCCCGCAUUUCUGUGCUCAGUGUGGAGGAUCCACCCCAGCGCACAGCAGGGAUG